GAAUUUUGAAUAAAACAAUUUAGUAGACAAACUUAAAAAUAAAAAGUUUUUGUCAAAAUCUCAUCUGGGCUCUUAGAGUCUAGACUGUAUUGUUUAAACGCAUUUGUGAGUUUAGUUCUCAAAUAAUAAAACAAGUGGAACCUUUAAACAGCUGUACACACAGAAUGAAUGCGCACAGGCUCUUGCAUAGCUAAUUGAAAAGGAAAGUUUUUACUUGAACUUCGUAGACAGAAAAUCAACUAAACAAACAAGGGAAUUUUGAAACUUUAAACAUCAAAUAUAUGUUCACAGCUGCCCAAACGGCGCAGUUAGAGUGCCUAAAAAUUUGCUAUAUAAACAACUGUCUUGGUUUUCAGUCAACAUUCCAAGCAAUCUACUGGCCACGAGAUGAGAAUCCAAACUCUGCUCCUUUGCUGCGCCAUUCUGGCCACUUGCUGGCUUCCAUACAGCGAGGGUGAUACGACGGCUGCGACAUCCACAGAUGAUACCACAACAGUGGCAACAUCCUCUUCUGAUACAACAACAACGGCAUCAGCCACUUCUGAUACGACAACAGCGGCAUCAGCCACUUCUGACACGACCACAACGGCGUCUGCCACUUCGGACACAACAACAACCUCAAGCAGCAGCAGUUCAAGCUCCAGCUGCGCGGCAGCUUUGAAACGGCUCAGGCGCAGGAUUCGGCGUCUGAAGAGGCAAGAGCGCCAGAGGGCCGCAAGAAGGAGGGAAUUGGCCGCCAGACGUCGGGCUUCCAGAAGGCGUAGAGUUGUGCUCGUACCCAGGAAAAGGACCGCAAGCACGAACAGGAGAAGGGUCGUCAACAGGAACAGAGUCGGAACGGUUGCCACCAGGAACAGGCGUCGCACGGGUUAAAUUCAAAUACUUUUGAAAUGUAUAUACACAAAUAAAUGCAAUCUUAAAA